AGUAAAAAACACACUAAUAUUUCAAGAAGUUUCCUUGAUCGACAGAAGCAGUGCCGAGGAGGCGAGGGAACAGUUAGCUAACGCCAAUGGACGAGAGGCGAUGGAGAAGACAUGGGAGGGGACAAGCACAAACUUCGUUACUUCCUUUACGGACACCAACACGACCAUCUCGUACUACUUUAUCCAACACAGUAUCUUGCUGCUACUGCGAUUACAAAAUUUCUGCCUUAAAUACCUCUCUCUAUCAUUUUGGACGGAAACAAGCCAAGUUCUUAAAGAUUUGGUUUUCAAUCGGCGUCGGCUUUAGCCUAACUGCACUCCUUGGAGUCACUUUGAUUCUUGUGUGGGAAUUAGGAAACAUUUUGCACCUAUUUCACGGAAGCAGCGAUCUUUCGAGUUCUUUACUAUUUGGGUUUUCUCCUCAGGUGUAUGGUUCGAGAUUAUCUGUUGCGGAUGCUGGAUAUUUGUUGCUUUCUACUUUGAUUUCUGUAUCAGUCCACGAGUUCGGGCAUUCCAUCGCGGCUGCAAGUGAGGGCAUACCGACGGAGUACAUUGCUAUUUUCCUUGCAGUUCUGUUUCCUGGGGCUCUGGUUGCUUUGAAUUAUGAGUUGCUUGAGGAGCUACAACCAUUUACUGCACUUCGUGUGUACUGUGCUGGUGUUUGGCAUAACGCUGUGUGUUGUGCAGUUUGUGCACUGGUGUUAUUCCUCCUGCCCUUGAUCUUGUCUCCCUUUUACAUACAUGGUGAAAGCCCCAUGGUUUUGGAUGUUCCUUCUACCUCUCCUUUGUCUGGCUAUCUGUCUCCUGGGGAUGCAAUUGUAUCUUUGGAUGGAAAACGCAUCCAUAAUGAUCAGGAAUGGAUGAAGACCACUGCUUUAAUAGAUGAACGGACACUUCAAAGUUCAAAUCUUUCAAAAAGUUUUGAAGGUCUUGUGAUAGUUCAUCAAAUGAAGGGUUACUGUGUUCCUACUUCUGUGAUAGAAGAAAGCAAUGAGAUGCUUUUCAUUGAAAAUCAAUCUGCCUGUCCUGAUGACCUUACUGAAUUUGUAGCUGUUCAAUGCUUCAAUUCAAGCAAAUCAGAUAAUGUCAAUAUUGAAGAUGGUAUAAGCCAAAGACAGAGGAGGCACUGCUUGAAUGCUAAGGAUGUUGUCAAGCUUAAUAAAUGCGGUGAUGGUUGGGUUACAGAGAUAACCAAAGGAAGUAGUUGCUUGUGUUCACAGGAGGAGUACUGCUUAAACCCUGUUCCACUUCCAGGGUCAAUAUGGGUUGAGAUCACCUUUGCAAGCCCUUAUUCUCCAGAAUGCCUGCAACUUGGAAGAAAUUCAUUUCCAGCUUCUGGAGCUUCAUACUUUUCAGAGCAUAAAUGUGGUGGGACUUUUGUUUUUGUUGGUGAUCUGAUCUCGAUGGCACAUUCAGUUAGGUUAACAGCAUAUCAACCUCGUUGGGGAUUUUCUUUCAGUGCACAUCUUCCUAACAUUCUGGAAAAGAGCUUAAUGUACACAUUCCACGUCUCUCUUACCUUAGCCCUCCUCAACAGUUUGCCGGUAUACUUUUUGGAUGGAGAAUCAAUUUUGGAGGUAGCUCUCUGCCACUUCACAUCAUUGAGCCCAAGGAAAAGGGCAAAAGUUAUGCGAGCCUGUCUUUUAGGAGGGACUCUUAUUUCCACCCUAUCCUUUAUGAGGAUCUUCUUCAUCAAUUUUUGGUAAUUAACAGGUCAUCUAAGCUCGCGGGUCAGAAUCCAUGGAGAGCAUACUCUGAAAAUAUAAAAGAACCCUCUGGCCACAAGUGUUGGAUGCUACGCAUCCAAAUCAAUUUCUCUUGCUGCUUAAUCACACCCAUUUCUUCCAUUCUAGAAGGAAACACGAAGGUUGGCGCUGUUAUCAUUGAUUUUUGCUGGAUAUGGGGUUAGCUUGUGAGCUAGAGCGAAGAUAGAAAUAGGGAUCUGUUGACAUUCUAUAUUGCAUAGCGGGGAUAUAUGAAAAAUGACUAUGAUCUGGCUUAUCACUGUGCCGCUCUGAACACUCCUUUACAGCAAGAAGAGAACAGAAAAUAUGAUUCAACACUGAUGAAUAUUCAAUAGGAUGUUCUUGUAAGGUUUGUUAAUAGCAUCCCUGUUUUCUUAUA